AUGAGAACGUUUGCUCUUUCAACAGCAUUCUGCAAUACCAUGCAACUAUUGACGUUGUUAACGUUGUUGUUGUUUGCUGAAAGAUCGUCCAGCGAGGGAGUGAAGCUAACGGCGAAACCUUUGAGUAUAUUGGCGUUUUUGCCGACCGAAGGUAAAAGUCAUUUCAUGGGCUUUAAACCGUUACUCGAAACUCUUGUUUCCAGAGGACAUAAUGUCACUCUUGUCGCACCGUUUGCGUUGGACGGCGCUAAACGGCCGUAUCGUCACGUCAAAGUGGAGCAAACGUUAGGAGAUUUCGACAUGCUAAAAGUGGCAAAAUAUGUGAACCUCAUACCCACGCCGUUGCACUUAUGGUGGUUCGGGCCGCACAUUAGCGAGACAAGUGUGGACAAACCAUCGGUGGCGAACUUCAUCAGGAGCGACCGGUCAUCGUUUGACUUGGUGCUGUUCGAGAACUUCUACCACGAGUGUUUCGUGUCCAUCGGGCACAAAUACGGAGCCCCAGUGGUGCAGAUGCUGCCAUUCUCCUCCAACUCCAGGGUGUCGCAGUGGCACAGCAACCCGUACAACCCAGCCUACAUUCCGGACCUGACCAGUAGGUUCGGAUCGAAUAUGACGUUCGCGCAGCGUACCAGCAACGCAGUGUCCGCGUUCUUCUACACUGCAGUCUCUCGGCUAGUAUACCUGCCCCGGCAACGGGCCGUGGCCGACAAGCACUUUGUGUACCCGGGCCACGAGCGCCGUCCCGACCUCGUAGACAUGCUCCGGAACGUGUCGCUGACACUGGUCAACAGUCACCCGGUCAUUGGUACAGCCGUGCCGAUGGUGCCCAGCUUCGUGAACGUGGCUGGCAUGCACUGCGUUCCCGCCGGACCACUGCCUGAAGACCUAAAACAAAUAGUGGAAAGUGCUAAGGAAGGUGUAGUCUACUUCAGUUUGGGAUCGGUGGUAAAAUCGUCCAAAAUGCCCAUGGAAACAGUAUCGCUCUUACUGUCUGAACUCUCGAAAAUCGAACAGACUGUCCUGUGGAAAUGGGAAACUGACGAUAUCCCGCAACUACCCAAGAAUGUCAUCGUUCGGAAAUGGUUUCCCCAAAAUGACAUACUAGGUCAUAAGAACUGCAAGUUAUUCAUCACCCACGGUGGAGUACAAAGUACCACUGAGUCCAUCUACCAUGGGGUGCCCAUGUUGGCCAUUCCCGUUUUUGGCGACCAGCUGGGUAACUCACUACGCGCACAGUAUAGAGGCAUAGCUAUUCAAGUACCAUACUUCGACUUGACGCACGAGGCGUUUGGCAGUGCCCUACACAAGCUCCUCAUCGACCCGACGUACCGGGAAAAUUCCAGAAAGACGUCGGCUGUGUUCAGGGACAACCCGCUGCCACCGCUGGAAAACGCUGUGUUUUGGGUCGAGUACGUUGCCAGGCACGGCGGUGCGAAACACCUGCGGACUGCUGCCAACGACCUUUAUUGGUUCCAGUACAUGCUGUUGGACGUCCUGUUGCUGGUGUCGUUCGUGGUCGUACUUAUGGCGUGGACGACCAAAAAAAUGCUCUGCUGCGUGUUUGGCCGGUGUUGUCGCCGCAGCCGAAAUAUCACCUCGCCGCCAACAGUGGAGAAAAAAAAGCAAUGA